UCUGGCGGCCUAGAACAGACGGAGCUCCCGCCCGUGUUCCCUCCAAAGGAAACACUUCGUCGUCGCAAAAAAAGCGAGAGCACCGUUCUUUAGCUAAAUAGGCUCUCCAAAAUGGAAGUGGUUUGCGGCUCAGUGAGAAAUCGCGGACCGUUAGGCUGCGUGUUUUUCUGCGCUCUUCCAAACAGUUCUUUGAAACGAUUUUGCAGGCAUCCCGCCUUCAAGAAAUGCCUUGAGCUACAGAGAGCGGUCGCUGGCCUGAGCCCCGGCUGGCUGUGUUGCUCCCUGUGACCUCCCCAAAAGUCACAGGUGUGGAACAGGGGUUUCCCCGACUGUGGGCGAGAAAGUCGAGGAGAAAGUCCCCCGCUGCUGGAGUGAAAACCAGUGCUUUUUUCAGUACAGUAAGAAAGCACGGCAUGCCCGCUGGAGGCAAGAGGCCUGGCCCACGAGCAGACCCACGUCCAUGUACCAAACAACGAAGAUCCAGGCACGAAAGCGGGCAGGGUGUUUUGGGGAUGCGUUCGGGGCAAUCGGAAGAGUCUUUGGGGAAAGAGCAGCUUGCUGGAGAACCUGUAGAUGGAGUCUGAAAACGAACAGGAGGCUGAGACCACCUGGAUGGCGCAAGCACCUGGUGGGAACGCAGAGUCCGCUAAUUUCAAACAAGAUUCCAAACAAGAAGUGGCAGCUUGUUCGUGGGUGUGGAGGAUAGGGAGGCGCUGUAAAGAGUCGUUCUUCCAGUCAAAAUGCCGUUGGCUGUGCCUAGUUUUUGGAUUUGUACUGAUGGUCAUCAUCCUUGCAUUUGUUGUAAAACCUGAGACAUCUCACCACGGAAAAUUUCCUCCUGAACAGUGCCCCAGCGAGUGGAUAGGUUACAAAAAUAAAUGUUAUUUCAUCUCAGAGGAGGAAAAAAACUGGACAUCUAGUCAGACCUUCUGCGCUAAGAAUGAAUCCUUGCUAGCCGUUUUUGAAAACCAGGAAGAAAUGCGUUCUUUAACUAAGCGUUUGAAAAUAGAUGACUCCUGGAUUGGAUUGCGCAAGAAAGGUGAAAGCUUCUACUGGGAGAAUGGUAUUGCCUUGAAGGUGGACUCGUUCCAGAUACGGAAUCACUCUGAGUGUGCCUACUUGGAUGCCUUCACUGUUUCUACAUCAGCAUGCUCUUUGCCCAGGCGCUGGAUCUGUGUCAAACUUCCCUGAAGCGAGGACUUCAAUCUUCAUUUGAUAUGGGCGGUUAAAACACAUCCAUUGUACAGUCACUUUGGAUUGUGCAGCCACACUGUGUCAGACCAUCUGGAAGCCUAAAUCUGAGAGAAGAGCUUUUGUCUUGUCUUCCAAAAUGUACUUCUAGGUAUUCUCUCCUAGGACAGAAGAGGAAUGCGUUUAGUCCAGUUUACAGAUAACCUACAAUGGAGUCUACCAGUGUUGGCUGACAAAGCUGAAGGUUCAGUGGGAUUCCUGCCAGUCUCUUCUGUGUUCUGCUGCUUCUCAGCAUGUGACCUUGGGGAUACACAGCAGCCAGGGACAACAGUCAGCCAGCACACCUACAGAAACAGUUCAAUGAGGGCUCUUCAGUUUCUCCAAAAAUGCCUUGUGCUCUUUGCUGAACUUGGUACUGACUGACUAUUUCAGUACAACAUUUCCCUAUCUGCUGGUGUUCUGACCUCACCUUCAGCCCCCAUUUGUCCCUCUUACCUCCUUUUGUUUCUGCCCUGACUUAUUAAUCUUACGGUUUUCCAUAAAACUUUUGUUCUUUUAAGUAAACAAAUAUACUCAGUCUGUACCCUG